GUAUACGGAAAUGACGUGUACAGUCUUCCGCGGCUGUCAAGGGCAUCGAAAACGCACGUUAGCCGAACCUAGCAGUAGCUGCUUGCACGUGCAUUUAAAGAAGAGCGCUAAAGCUACAGCUUUCAGUAACGACUCUGGUAGAAAUGGACGGGUUCGGCUCAGACUUCUCAGCAGGUGGAUCAGGUGGUAAAGUGGACCCUGGCACGAUCAUGGAGCAGGUCAAGGUCCAGAUCGCGGUGGCUAACGCACAGGAGCUGCUGCAGAGAAUGACAGACAAAUGCUUCAAGAAGUGCAUAGGUAAACCUGGAAGCACGCUGGACAACUCUGAGCAGAAAUGUAUUGCCAUGUGUAUGGACCGGUAUAUGGAUGCCUGGAACACCGUGUCCCGAACAUACAACUCCAGAUUACAGAGGGAAAGAGCUCGCAUGUGAACACCCCUCUCUUUACCCUUCCCUUCCUCAGGCUGCUGAGGAGGAGCACAGUGUACCACUGGGGGAGGCCAGGAGCUGUGCACAGGUGUGUCAUGGCAGCAGCACACCAUCAACUUCUGUCAUAAUACCUCACAGACAGGCAAGCAUAGCCUGUGGACUCUAGCCAUAACAAUAUCUCUGUGGACAUUUUCAUUUUGCUCUGAGGAACAGUUUAGUAACAAAGUUUGAUUAUUUGUGUUUUUAUGUUAUAAAUAAUGAAUCUUCUGGUUAAUAAGUAAACAUGCAUUGUAAAAAGCUGCAAUUUGGACCUGCAUGUCCAAAGACAAUGUAGGUCAGAAGAAUUGGAAACUCUAAACUGCCUGUUGGAGUGAAUGUGUGUUGUAAGUAUGUGCUAGCCCUGUGAUUGACUGGCGUCCAGGGUGUACCCGAAGUUUUAUGCAGUGCAUGCUGGGAUAUGUCUCAGCUCCCUUUGCCCCUCAAUAGGAUAAGCAGUUUAGAAAAUAAAUGUACUGAUGCAAUGUAGGCAGUCUUAAAUUAGUCAACUGCAGCACUAUGACUUUUGUUUUUGGAGUAAUUAUAACAGUAUGUGUUUACUACAGUGUGGCUUCAAUAGCAACACUGACACCUUCCUGCCAUCGAACUAAGGAUGAAUGUUUCUUAUGUUUAAGAGCCUGUAUAAUUAGUACACAUGAUACCGAUAACUAUGAACAGGACUUAAGUCUCUGUCACUACAAUUGCUCCUUAAAACACAGUCAGCAGUGUGCCCACAUUGUGUUUAUGCUCAGAGGGAGACUAAAUAUUUGUGUUUAUAAAAUAAGCAGCACAACCGGAGCCCUUAAGGGACAACACAGGCUUUCCUUAACAUGCUUUUACUCUAAAUAAAAGUACACAACCGUGAACCUGA